UCGCCCUUGUCCGUCGGCCGUCAGCGAAGCCGGUAUCCUGACUGAGGGUCGAGGCGGAAACGUGAACGGGGACCGCCGCACGCUCGUUUGCCACGCGACGGCGCAGCUGCAGCAGCACAGUGCCGGAACCCGCGAACCGCCUCCGUCUGCGAUGACAGAUAAAGUUAAAGAGCUCGUUUCCCAGUGCCUGCAGGCCCGGGACAGGGCGUACUGCCCGUACAGCCGGUUCCCCGUCGGUGCUGCCAUACUAACAGCAGAUGGCGCUAUAAUCACAGGCUGUAACGUGGAGAAUGCCUCCUACGGUCUAACGGUGUGUGCUGAGCGGACGGCCAUCCAGAGGGCCGUGGGGGAAGGACACAGACAGUUCAGGGCCAUCGCUGUGACGUGUGAUAUCAAAGACCAUUUUGUUGGGCCGUGUGGAGCAUGUCGACAGGUUCUUAUGGAGUUUGGAUCAGACUGGACUGUGUACUUGACCAAGCCAGACGGCUCAUACAAAGAAACCAGCCUCAGUGAACUUUUGCCUCUGGCCUUUUCCCCGGCACACCUUGCCCAGAACUAAGAAUGCAUCAGCAGCCUCCUUAGACGACAUUAAUUUCACUGAUCUUACUGUAGAGUGUAAAGUAUUUUGUACAUUUGACAUCGUCCUUUGAGUUGUUUUAUAGCAAAUUACACUGAAAAGUUGGUAUAAAUUCUCACAUAAUGCAAUAAAGCUUCUUUUU